AUGCGAGAAGGUCCGCCCGCGGUCAAGAUGAGUCACCGAAAGUACGAAGCGCCCAGGCACGGCUCUCUCGCCUACCUCCCACGCAAGCGUGCCGCCCGUCACCGUGGUAAGGUCAAGAGCUUCCCCAAGGAUGACCCCAAGAAGCCCGUCCACUUGACCGCCUCCAUGGGCUACAAGGCCGGUAUGACCACCAUUGUCCGCGACCUUGACCGUCCUGGUGCCAAGAUGCACAAGAAGGAGGUUGUUGAGGCCGUCACUGUUAUUGAGACUCCUCCUCUCGUUGCCGUUGGUGUUGUCGGAUACAUUGAGACUCCUCGUGGUCUCCGCUCGCUCACUACUGUCUGGGCCGAGCACUUGAGCGACGAGCUCAAGCGCCGCUUCUACAAGAACUGGUACAAGAGCAAGAAGAAGGCUUUCACCCGCUACACCAAGAAGCACACCGAAAGCAGCGCCCGCGAACUCGAGCGCAUCAAGAAGUACUGCACUGUCGUCCGUGUCCUCGCCCACACCCAGAUCCGCAAGACUCCUCUUAAGCAGAAGAAGGCCCACUUGAUGGAAAUCCAAGUCAACGGUGGCUCCGUUGCCGACAAGGUUGAAUUCGCCCAGGGUCUCUUCGAGAAGACCAUCGAUAUCGACAGCAUCUUCGAGCAGAACGAGGUUAUUGAUGUCAUUGCCGUCACCAAGGGUCACGGUUUCAACGGUGUUACCUCUCGUUGGGGCACCAAGAAGCUUCCUCGCAAGACACACAAGGGUCUCCGUAAGGUUGCUUGUAUCGGUGCUUGGCAUCCUAACCACGUCCAGUGGACUGUUGCCCGUGCUGGUCAGAUGGGUUACCACCACCGUACCUCUGUCAACCACAAGAUCUACCGUAUCGGCAAGGGUACUGACGAGGGUAACGCCUCCACUGAAUUCGAUGUCUCCAAGAAGACCAUCACUCCUCUUGGUGGUUUCGUCCGCUACGGCGAGGUCAAGAAUGACUUCGUCAUUGUCAAGGGUUCCGUUCCCGGUGUUAAGAAGCGUGUCAUGACUCUCCGCAAGACUCUCUACCCCCAAGUCAGCCGCAAGGCCACCGAGAAGAUCGACCUCAAGUGGAUCGAUACCUCGUCCGAGUUCGGUCACGGUGCUUACCAGACCCCUGCCGAGAAGCGCGCUUUCUUGGGUACGCUCAAGAAGGACUUGGUCACCACCGUCUAA